CUGUGGCGUCAUCCAGGUCCUCUGCGAGAAAUGCACAAUAUGACGGGAGACGACGCAACUACCGCAACAAAGCAAACACAAGAAAUGAAAGGCAGGAGAGAGUCAACACCAGGAGCAACGACACUAACCGUAAGCGGUAAAAGAUCUGCAAUUAUUCGCACGGAAAUUAAUUUUUAAGAAACUGUUUCAUCCCUCCCCUAUACAAGCACCUUUAUCUUCAGCUCAGGCACCAGCAUCUCCCAAUACGACUGCAGAAACUGAGGCACUACAAGCUCUUCAAGAUCUCCUAGAAGAACAGGAUACAUCAAAUACGGAUAUGUGGACCACUUUCUAAAACCCCUUGUUGAGUCUCUACCAUCUCAUGUCAAGGAUACCACAGAUAUCCUAAAAAGAAUGGACGAUGUUCAAUUGGACAACGAAACCCUUCUGGUCACCUGUGAUGUGGAAGCUCUGUAUACAUCAAUCAGACACACGGAUGGAUUGGCGGCAACCCAAUUUUACCUAAUGAUGUCGGAUUUAGACCCAGAACUGAGGCACGGCAGAAGAGUUGUCCACGUUUAUGACAUAUCUGAAUACUAAUGAACUAAACAUAAAAUUGACCUAUAAAUGGGGGAGGUCGAAAAUGGAGUUCCUGGAUGUAUUGUUUGAUGUUGACCAAGAUGGUUAUAUCUCAACAGAUGUGUAUCGCAAAAAAACCUCUACCAAUACUCUUCUUCACGCUUCCUCUUCUCACCCCCAUGCACUUGUCUCCAAUAUCCCGACAGGUCAGUUCCUGCGAAUCCGACGGAUUUGUUCCACGGAUGAACACUUUGAAAAACAGGCUAAUGAUCUAUCUCUACGCUUUCAGGAACGGGGAUAUCAAGAAAGGGAUAUCACCAGAGGCUAUGCACGAGCUAAGGAUACACCACGAGGCAAUCUGCUUACCCAGUCCAAAAGGAAAAAGGGAAAUGACCAGAGAAUUCCGUCGGAGAAUACGGGAACAUGUCCUAGGAAUUGAAGCAGCCAAGGAGGAAAUAGAUCUACAGAAGCUAAAAACCAUACCCCGCCACUUUCGUCAGUACCAUGAUUGCAACAGCACCCUCUUCAAGGGUUUCAAAAUUGGUCCCGUAUCCAAAAGAGUCUGGAAAUUUGAAGAGAGCAUUGAUGACCAUCAGCAGCAAAGCACUUGUCACUUUAUUGAGUAGAGCCACCAGUAAUCGGGUACUAUAGGAAUUAUUGUUAUACAUAGUAUUGUUGAAUAAAAUUAUUGAUAUAUAUUCCUCUGUCUUUGGAGGUGUUGAUUAACAGUCGUUUUGUCUGAUACACUUCGACAUAUAUACAUACAGCCACUAAUUAUCUAAUUUUUAUACAUAAUAAAUGUUUAUAUUGUUCAUACACCUUUAGUACACGAUAGGCUAUGGGGUACAUCACUUCUCCCAUUUAACACCACUAACACCUAAGUUCGCACAUAUACUAUUUGUAUUUACUAUAUAAACUACUUUUAUAUAUGUCAAUCAUUCACUAUACACCUUAAUAAAUCACAUAUCUUCACUUAUACACACUUAUCACUUAAACCCCCUUUUUUUCGCUUCUAUUAGCGAAGAAUUCAGUCAGCAACAUAGCAACAUUAGGUUCAUUAUCUUGUAUGUGUCACCUUUUUUGCACUGUUUUUUUCACUUUUUUCACAUUUUCCUUUGCAUGUCUCACUUAUAUUCACUUGCACUUUUGUGGCACUUUUCACUAUUUUAUUAUAAUUAAUGAAAAACAUGAAAAGUAUUAUUUUUUUUCAAAAAAUAUUUUUCCCCUGCAAUAGGGAUUGAACCCCCUAUGGGGUUGGUGUGUGUACAUGCCUGACCGCUGCACUGCCUCCACUCUAUGAGCGGCCUUGAUAUAUCUUGUAGUCUGACACAUGCAUACAUACACGGUGCGCUCCCUCCCGAGCUUUGUCCUCUGUAUUUUCUUAUUCUCUUUUUCCCUAUUUUUUGUUUUUAAUGGCGCCUCUCUUCUCCAUCUUCCACUACCUGAUUAUUUCAGGCACGAUAUGCCUUGAUAUCCGCUCGUGUCUUUUCGGAUCCUAAUACCUUUAUUCUUGGUGCGCACCGCGCAUGCGCGGGUUAUUCCCUCUGUCUCGCGGGAUGACGAUGGUGGACGCACCUUGUCAUCGCGCACGCGCGAUGCGCACCAAGAUGGCGCCAGAUACCGGGACCAUGUCACCGAUCCAGGUGAACUAUAUUGUAAUUAUUUACCUAUAGAUCCCUAUUGGCUGGUAUGUUGUAUAUAUACCCCCACAAACUAGACUAGGUCAUACUCCCUGAGGAAGCCAAACGGCGAAACGACGUUGGGGUACUGGUGUUGUGUAGGUAGGUACACUGUCUAUGUCUUCCAGCCUGUGCUCUGUGAGUGGGGAAGUUCUCUGGGAAUGCUUAUCCACUGUGCUUUAAUUGCACAUCUUUACUUUCCUUUCCCCUUUCUCCUGACCACUCGCUGGAGGCUAUAUAUGCAGUGACCUUCUUUUCUAGGUUAGGUUUGCUUUGUGGUGCAAUUCUUUAUAGGACUGUGAUGUAUAACUUAUAAUUAUUGUUAUACUGGUGGCUCUACUGUAUAGUUAAGAAUAACUAUGUCAUAUUUUGCACCUCUGUAGCCAUACUAACCAAUAAUAUAUUACCUGCCUUAUCAACUCCUUUUUUGUCUGGCUAUACUGUCCCUUUUAA